ACUUUAGCUAUCAUUUCUCUCUGUCUCUCUACGGGAACACAAUACACAUAGGAGGAACUUUUCAGACAAAAGGAAGUAAAAGCAGAAGGAGACUGAAUCAGUGCAGGGAGAAAUCAUGGAGCCAUUCCAUUGGGUGUUCUCCAUGCUCAUGGCCAUAUGGAAUAAUCUCACUUUGCUGGUUAUACUAUUCUCUUUGUUAACUCUGUCCUUUGAUUUUAUGAAGCGUAGGAAGCCUUGGCGCAACUACCCACCAGGGCCAAUUUCCUUGCCCUUUAUUGGCACCCUUUUGCAGAUUGAUAUGAGGAAGCCUCAUCUUUCUUUCACUCAGCUGUCUAAGAAGUACGGGAACAUUUACAGCCUGCAAGCCUUCUAUACCAAUGUCGUGGUGGUGAAUGGAUUCAAGCUAAUGAAAGAAGCUUUAGUCCACAAGUCAGAGGAUUUUGCUGAUCGUCCUGAUGUGCCUGUCCAGAGUUAUUUGUCAGGAUACAAGCAAGGACUCGUAUUUGCAAAGUAUAAUCAUGCCUGGAAGGAGCAGAGGAGGUUUCUUGUCUCAAACUUGAGAGAUUUCGGAAUGGGAAAGAAAUCCCUGGAAUGGCGAAUGAUUGAGGAAGCUGGCCAUCUGUGUUCUGCAUUCCGUGCUGAGGGAGACCACCCAUUUGACCCUCAGUUUAUUAUAAACAAUGCAGUUAGCAAUGUGAUCGCCUCUAUGACUUUUGGCUAUCGCUUUGACUACAAAGACCAGAAAUUCCAGGAGCUGCUGCACUUAUUUGAAGACUGCAUUCAAGAUGCAUCGGGAUUGUGUACUCAGCUCAUUAAUAUGAUACCUUGCUUGCUGCACAUCCCACCACUGGAACAGAUAGUCUCUAAACACCAGAUGGGUAUGUACAACUACAUAGAAAACAUUCUGAAGGUGCACGUGAAAACCUGGGAUUCAUCCUGCAGGAGGGACAUCAUUGAUGCUUUUCUGGAAGAAAUAGAAAAGAGGAAGAAAGAUGUGAAGACAAGUUUCAAUCAUGACAUCCUUCGUCUAAUAAUUACUGAACUUUUUGCUGCUGGCACUGAAACUGUUGCCACCACUCUGCGCUGGGGCCUGCUGUACAUGAUCCAAAAUCCAGAAGUCCAGAGUAAAGUCCAAAAAGAAAUUGAUGAUGUGAUUGGCAAGAACAGGUCAGCCACCAUGGGGGACCAGGCAUCCAUGCCUUACACUCAUGCUGUGAUAAAUGAAAUUCAGCGAUUUGCUGAUGUUUCUCCAUUGAUGCUGCCUCACAUGGCGUACCGGGACACGACAUUACAAGGCUUCUUCAUCCCAAAGGGUACCACGGUCAUCUUCAACCUGUCAUCUGUACUGAAGGAUGAAACUGUGUGGGAGAAGCCUUAUGAGUUUUACCCAGAGCAUUUCCUUAAUAAAAAGGGGGAAUUUGUGAAACGAGAGGGCUUCCUGCCUUUCUCAGCAGGUUUGCGUGUGUGUCCAGGAGAACAGCUAGCCAGGACAGAGCUCUUCCUCUUCCUCACCAGCCUCCUUCAGCAUUUCACCUUCUGCUUCCCAGAGAACCAGUCUAAACCUCAACAAGAAUCUCGCUUUAGCUUGACAGUAGCGCCGCCACCCUUGCAGAUCCAGGCUAUUCCAAGAUAACUAUAGAUACCUGCAACACACUUGUGCUGCACUCAAACUUAUCAUGUGGUUACUGAAAUCUCACAGGGUGACCCAGAUAAUCACUUUCUCUCCCAGUUCAUUGGAAUUUAAAUCUCACUUUGAACAAUGACUCUUUUUGUUCAGAAUUUCUAAAAGCAUGCACAGUGAUACCUUGGGAUGCGAACGGGAUCCGUUCCAGAGCCCCGUUCGCAUCCUGAAUGGAACGUAAGACGCGAUGGCAUGUCUGCGCGUGUGCGGGUCGUGUUUUGCUUCCGCACAUGCGUGUGACGUCAUUUAGAGCAUCUGCGCAUGCGCGAGUGGCGGAACCUGGAAGUAAUGUGCUCCAUUACUUCCAGGUUGCCGUGGAGUGCAACCUGAAAGCGCUCAACCUGAAGCACAUUCAACCCGAGGUAUGACUGUAUAUGUGCCUGGUCCUUUUAGACCAUGAUGGGGCAAAGACAUUUGAACGAGCUGGAUUCAGAAAUAUAUCUUUCCCUUAUUAUUUUCAAUCAAGUGAUUACAUAUCUUAUUAAACUGAUUUUGUUCAUAUUAUCCAAACUGCUCUUCCAUCAUUUUGAACUAUCUAUAUCAGGGCAGUCCAACCUCUCAGACCAAGUGAGCUGCAAGAGGACUUCACGCACUGCUUUGUUGCAGCGGAGACAGGGAGCGAGGCCAAAAUUUGACACCCAAUAGCUCUCACACUGCCUUCCCAAAGCCAGCUAAGUGAGGUGCUGGGCUUUGGGAAAGGUGUGACCAUAUCAUUAAUGUCCUUGCAAGCGAGGGAAGAAUGGGGAGAGAACCAGCGCUAACUGGCUCUUCCUACCAUUAGCUCUUCCCUUUGUGACCCCUGGCUCAUCCUACCCCUGACUUUGCCUUCUGUUAGCUGCCCCUGCCUUCUGGCCCAGCAGAAACAAUGGUCCCCAGAAGCCACUGCUAUCAAAUACUCAGACUAGAAGCAGAGACUAGUCAGAGUGGAGGUGUGGUAGAGUCUGAGUGUUUUGGUUGACAUGCAAUUAAUAAUUUAAGAAAAUGAUCUGCCAUGGAAUGUGGUGACCCUCUAAUUCUACGCUUUGGGGCAAGGACAGUUUGCUAGGUGGAAAAGGGGGUGGAAGGCAUUUCCCCUUGUAGUGCAAGAGCAAAUAGUUGAAUUUAUGUAAUCAGAAGUACGGCUGUACCUUGGAAGUCAAAUGAAAUCCGUUCUGGAAGUCCGUUUGACUUCUGAAAUGUUCAGAAACCAAGGCGCGGCUUCCAAAUGGUUUCCGAUUGCACAAAAAACACACGUUCUAAAACCGGAACAGUCACUUCCAGUUUUCAAGCGUUUGGGAGCCGGAACGUUUGACUCCCAAGUAUGACUGUAUCUACAAAGCUGCCUUCUACGGGAGGGGAAAAACAUCACUCAAGACAAAAUGACACAAAGCAAUAAUUAUAUUUAAAAAUAAAUAAAUACAAUUAGUAAAUCA